AUGUUGCUUGGUGUUCCUCGAUGCGAUGGAAAAUACAAAGGAACAUUGUUGAUGGCAGUUGCACAAGACGGAAAUAAUAAUAUAUUUCCGAUUGCCUUUGGCUUGGUCGAGGGUGAGACAGGCGAAGCUUGGAGUUUCUUCCUUAGAAAUCUUAGAACACAUGUUGCUCCUCAACCCAACUUAUGUCUGAUUUCCGACAGACAUGCUUCCAUUGUGAGCGCCUACAACAAUCCUGCAAAUGGUUGGCACAAUCCUCCUUCUGUCCAUGUCUUUUGCAUAAGACACAUUGCCCAGAAUUUUAUGUGGGACAUUAAGGACAGAAAUCUCCGAAAAAAGUUGUGA